AUGAUAUGUGACCGCAUGGCCCCAGAUAAGAAUAUGUACUUACUUUUGAUGGCCGUAGACUAUAUGGCCAUGAAAAUUUUAACAGUACCAUGUGACGUCUUAAGCGGCUGGGCACGCGCACGGUGGCGUCGAAGGUGGCGCGGCAGCGGCGCGGUGUGCGCGCGCGAUUGUAAGCGGUCGCCGACGCCCGAGGAUCAUGCGCGCAGUCCACACGCGCCGCGCCGCACGACCGCGCGCACCAUGCUCAACAUGAAGCUCAAAGAGCGCCUCGCGCUCGCGCUUAGCGCCUUCCUCGUACUGUUCACCCUUAUGCUCGUCGUGGACCUCCAAAUGGACUAUGGCAUAUCAGGGCAUAGGGUACCCUUACAUGGACGCGUACGGAUAGGAGACACAGAAGAUAAAGGCCGGUCAGCGUACAUGGAAUUUCGGAAGCGGUUCCUCCAAAAAAGUAAUGGCAGCAAUGGUUCCCGGGAAUAUGAACAGUCAGCACCAAGUGAGACGAGUGGCAUCGGCACAGAAACCGAACCACGAACCCCGGCCCCUCCAGCGGACCGAUACGAAGACUUACAGAAGAUACUGUUUGCGCAAAUCCAAGGCAAGGCUGAGGAUCACACCGUUAUCAUACCUCCACAUCGAGAUCUUAAUGUAUUGAGGCCUGACAACCCUACUAUCGGUGAGAUGGAGGACCUAGAACCCAGCGUAAACGCUUCUAAUUUGGAGAAGUUCCAACUGAAGAUAUCUCAACACGAAUUGUAUGAGAACGGCGAACCACUAGUAGACGCCGUGCUUAAAGAUAUGGUCUACUCACCCAUUCUACAUGUAGAACAAAAAGAAGGAGGAACGCAACUCAAACUCAUUAUCGAUUAUCCUAAUGGUGUCCAAGCUUUAUUCAAGCCCAUGAGAUUUGCUCGCGAUGUUCAGACAUUACCAAAUCAUUUUUAUUUCUCUGACUAUGAACGGCAUAACGCUGAAAUCGCAGCGUUUCACUUAGAUAGGAUACUUGGUUUCCGUCGCGCGAUGCCGGUCGUGGGCAGAGUCCUCAAUAUGACAACGGAGAUCUACGACGUGACGGAAGGUGACAUUCUCAAAACGUUUUUUGUGUCGCCGGCGAAUAAUUUCUGCUUCCACGGCAAAUGUUCGUACUAUUGCGACACUGGACAUGCAAUUUGUGGCAACCCUGACAUGCUUGAAGGGAGUUUUGCUGCGUUUCUGCCGUCCUCGGACAUAGCUGAACGAAAGGUUUGGAGACAUCCCUGGAGAAGAAGCUACCACAAACGAAGAAAAGCGACGUGGGAACUUCAAGCUGAUUAUUGCGAUACGGUUCGUACGACUCCGCCGUAUGAUUCCGGACGCCGUUUGUUGGAUCUUAUGGACAUGUCUAUGUUUGACUUUUUGACUGGAAACAUGGAUCGACAUCAUUAUGAAACAUUCAAAAUGUUCGGCAAUGAAACGUUUACUUUACAUUUGGACCAAGGGCGGGCGUUUGGCAAAGCAAACCAUGAUGAGUUGAGCAUCUUAGCACCAUUAUUGCAAUGCUGUCUUGUGCGACAUACCACGUUAGCUCAACUAAUAAAAUACCAUAAUGGGACACCCCUAUCCAAACUACUCCGUGAUUCAUUGAAAUCAGAUCCGGUGAACCCUGUUCUGUGGGAGCCGCACCUUGCCGCGCUCGACAGGCGGAUUGUAACUAUACUAGACGCCAUCAGGAAGUGCGUAGACAAAGCCGAAACACCCUUACAGAAUGAAAUCAACGACUUCGUAUGA